UCAGUAAAAUUGAAAGAAAUAACAAUUUAAAUGAAAUUUAAUUUUCAUCCGUUCCGUGUUUUAAAUUUUAAAUAUUCUUUAAAUAAAAAUGUCAGUAAAAAUAGCUGAUCAAUGAGGCAAGGUUUACUUAGUGGUGGUGAUAAUACGAAUAAUCGUAUAAUGUACAGAGAUUGGCGGACAGCUCUGUCUUCGCCACCAACAUAUCGUAUAGGGAAUCGUAGUUUUCGAUUUAAUUAUUAUGCUGUAUUUUUAAUUUUAGCAAUUUUGUCAUUAAUAUUUAUGUUUAUGUACGUUAAACAUGACUCCUCAAGUUCAUCAGAUUCAUGGUCUCAACGACUGAGACCAGUAUUAAUUGAAGAUUCAUACAAUGCAACGUAUCCUUUAAGUACGCCAAUUUUAAUACGUGGAAGCCCAACUUAUCGUAUAGCAAUCGUAGCAGAUUUAGAUACAAACUCUAAGGUAAAAGAUAAAGAUGAAUGGAGAAGUUAUAUGAAAAACGGAUUUUUAAGCUAUAAUUCACAAAAAAAAUCAGUUGUUAUUACAUGGGAAGAAACAGAACCAUCUGAAUUAGUAUCAAGUUAUUCAUUAAAAGGACGUGGCAUGGAAUUAUCUGAAUUAGUUACAUUCAACGGAAAAUUAUUUACAGUAGAUGAUAGAACUGGCCUCAUAUAUGAAAUUGUAAAAGGUAAAGUAAUACCUUGGGUUAUAUUACCUGACGGCGAUGGUAGUAUAGCUAAGGGAUUUAAAGCUGAAUGGGCGACUGUUAAAGAUAGAUUAUUAUACGUUGGAUCCAUGGGAAAAGAAUGGACUUCAUCGCAAGGAGAUUUUGAAAACGAGAAUCCAAUGUGGGUUAAAACGGUAUCAGCAAACGGAGAAGUUAAGCAUUUAGAUUGGUCUGUAUAUUAUAAGUUAAUGAGGGAACAUAUUGGUAUUACAUGGCCAGGUUACAUGAUCCAUGAAUCUGGAAUGUUUUCGAAUAAGAAUAGAAAAUGGUAUUUCUUGCCAAGAAGAUGUUCACGUGAAAAGUAUAACGAAACGCGUGACGAGCAUAUGGGGUGUAACGUAUUGAUAUGCGCGGACGAACAUUUCACUGAUAUUAAAAUUACGAAAAUUGAUAAAAUUAAACCAACACAUGGAUAUUCUAGUUUUAAAUUUAUUCCUGGGACCGAUGAUCAAAUCAUUGUCGCAUUAAAAACAGAAGAAGUUAAUGGUAAAACCGCUACUUUUAUUUCUGUAUUUGACGUAAAUGGUGGAAUUAUACUUGAAGAAGAAAAAGUUCCAACUGAUUUAAAAUACGAAGGUUUCGAGUUCAUUUAAUUCGAACUAAAUAAUAAAGUAAUUAGGAUUUGAAUAUUCGUAAAAAGAAAAAAUAUGGGUACCUAAAUGUUUAUUACAUAAACAUUUCAUUGUUAAUUCCUACAAAAUGUUUUACGAUUUAAUUUGAAUACAACGUAUUAAACUUUAAGUAUUUUUAAUUUAAAAU